CUGCCGCACGUGGGAGGGUUCAGGCGGAGCUCGCUGCCGCCGCUGCUCUUGCCUCUUCUGCUAGGCCGCCGCGCGGCUUCCUGGCGUCCCGAAUCCCUCACCCCCAAAGCGGAGGACAGCGCGCCCUCAGCCUCCGUCGCCUUUCGGCGCUCCCAUGAUCGCCCAGUGCUUUUCGGCUGUGCGAAGCCUCCACAGAAUUGGUGGUUCCAGGAUUUUAUUCAGAAUGACUUUAGGAAAAGAAGUGAUGUCUCCUCUUCAGGCAAUGUCUUCCUAUACUGCAACUGGCAGAAAUGUUUUAAGAUGGGAUCUUUCACCAGAGCAAAUUAAAACAAGAACUGAGGAGCUUGUUGCACAGACCAAACAGGUGUACGAUGCUAUUGCAAUGCUUGACAUUGAGGAAGUAACUUACAAGAACUGUUUGCAGGCACUGGCAGAUGUAGAAGUGAAGUAUAUAGUGGAACGAACCAUGCUAGACUUUCCCCAGCACGUCUCCUCUGACAAAGAAGUACGAGCAGCAAGUACAGAAGCAGACAAAAGACUUUCUCGUUUUGAUAUCGAGAUGAGCAUGAGAGAAGAUAUCUUUCUGAGAAUUGUUCAUUUAAAGGAAACGUGUGAUCUGGGAAAGAUAAAGCCUGAAGCCAGACGAUACUUGGAAAAAUCAGUGAAAAUGGGAAAAAGGAACGGGCUCCAUCUUCCAGAACAAGUACAAAAUGAAAUUAAAGCAAUGAAGAAAAGAAUGAGUGAACUAUGUAUUGACUUUAACAAAAACCUCAAUGAGGAUGAUACCUUCCUUGAAUUUUCCAAGGCUGAACUUGGUGCUCUUCCUGAUGAUUUCAUUGACAGUUUGGAAAAGACAGAUGAUGACAAGUAUAAAAUUACCUUAAAAUAUCCACACUAUUUUCCUGUCAUGAAGAAAUGUUGUAUCCCUGAAACCAGAAGGAAGAUGGAAAUGGCUUUUAAUACAAGAUGCAAAGAGGAAAACACCAUAAUUCUGCAUCAGCUACUCCCACUGCGGGCCAAAGUAGCCAAACUGCUCGGCUAUAGCACACAUGCUGACUUUGUCCUUGAAAUGAAUACUGCGAAGAGUACAAGCCACGUAACAGCCUUUCUAGAUGAUUUAAGCCAGAAAUUAAAACCCUUGGGUGAAGCAGAACGAGAGUUUAUUUUGAAUUUGAAGAAAAAGGAAUGUGAAGAGAGAGGUCUUGAAUACGAUGGGAAAAUCAAUGCCUGGGAUCUAUAUUACUACAUGACUCAGACAGAAGAACUCAAGUACUCUGUAGACCAAGAGAUCCUCAAGGAAUACUUCCCAAUUGAAGUGGUCACUGAAGGCUUACUGAACAUCUACCAGGAGCUGUUGGGACUUUCAUUUGAGCAAGUGACAGAUGCUCAUGUUUGGCAUAAAAGUGUUACACUUUACACUGUGAAGGAUAAAGCUACGGGAGAAGUAUUAGGACAGUUCUACUUGGACCUCUAUCCAAGGGAAGGAAAAUAUAACCACGCAGCCUGCUUCGGUCUCCAGCCCGGCUGCCUCCUGCCUGAUGGGAGCCGCAUGAUAUCUGUGGCUGCCCUCGUGGUGAACUUCUCACAGCCACUAGCAGGUCGUCCCUCUCUCCUGAGACACGAUGAGGUGAGGACUUACUUCCACGAAUUUGGUCACGUCAUGCAUCAGAUUUGUGCACAGACCGACUUUGCACGAUUUAGUGGAACAAAUGUGGAAACUGACUUCGUAGAGGUGCCAUCACAAAUGCUUGAAAAUUGGGUGUGGGAUGCUGAUUCCCUCCGAAGACUGUCAAAACAUUAUAAAGAUGGAAGCCCUAUUACAGAUGAUCUGCUUGAAAAACUUGUGGCUUCUAGACUGGUCAAUACAGGUCUCCUGACCUUACGCCAGAUUGUUUUGAGCAAAGUUGAUCAGUCUCUCCAUACCAACACUUCGCUGGAUGCUGCAAGUGAAUAUGCCAAAUACUGCACAGAAAUUUUAGGUGUUGCAGCUACUCCAGACACAAAUAUGCCAGCAACUUUUGGACAUUUGGCAGGGGGAUAUGAUGGCCAAUAUUACGGAUAUCUUUGGAGUGAAGUAUUUUCCAUGGACAUGUUUUACAGCUGUUUUAAAGAAGAAGGGAUAAUGAAUCCAGAGGUUGGAAUGAAAUACAGAAACCUAAUCCUGAAACCUGGGGGAUCUAUGGACGGCAUGGACAUGCUCCAGAAUUUCUUGAAACGUGAGCCAAACCAAAAAGCGUUCCUAAUGAGUAGAGGCCUGCAUGCUCCGUAAACUGGGGAUCUUUGGGAGCAGUCCAUGUCUGGAGGACAAGCUGACAUCAUCUUGUAUUACUGGCCUGGAAACUGAAGGGAGUUUUGCAAGUGAAAAUGUAGAUUUCUAUUGACUUCCUUUUGUUUUUUGAUUUGAAAAAUUAUACAGAUGUAAAUGGAAUUAUAAAUACUGUGACCUAAGAAAAGACCCAUUAGAAAAUAAUUGUACUAUAAAAUUUCAUAAAAAUGGAUUUGAUUUCAUUUUAUAAAAGUUUCAUAUGAACGUAA